AUGGAUAGUUUACGACAAACUCUUGAAUCUGCGGCCAACAUUUUUCUCUCUUCAUCUCAAACUACCGUUACUCAAGAUCAACGUCGUGAUGCCGAGAAGAUAUUUCUACAAUUUCGUCGUUCUAAUUUUUCAUUCGAUUUAUAUUCUUAUCUGAUUGAACAUUCCCAAUCACACUAUGUCAUAUAUCAGACACUAACCGCUCUUCGUGAAGGUAUUGUCAAAGAAUGGCUUGUGUUAUCUGACGAAACAAAAGAACAAGUUGUACAAUAUUUACUUCAAUAUGUAUAUGGACAGUAUCAGACGUUAUCCAUUCACGUUCGAGAACAAGCUCUACAAAUUUUAGUAGUCAUUAAUAAACGACGAAAAGCAUCAAAACAACCGCAAACGGAAUACACAGUAACAAAUGCAUUGUAUAAUUUAAUUCAAUCGCCGGAUAAUGAACAAUAUCAAUUUGGCUUAAUGUUAUUGAGUACAUUUUUGAAUGAAUACAGUUGCAGUAAUGGUAAUGAAGCUGGUUUAACACUCGAUCAACGUUAUUCAGUGAAAAAAGAUUUUGAAUCAAAUGAAUUAAAAAAUAUAUUUGAACUAUUACUAAAUAAACUACAAUUAUUUCUUCAAAAUGAUGAAAAUUGUUUAAAGUUGUUAGAACUAACAUUGAAUUCAAUCGAAAAGAUUUUAUUGUGGAAUUUUUCUCUUCCUGCUACAACUACGCGUCAUCGUCACCAUUUAAUCACAUUUACACACGCUGAAACAAGUGAUUUUCGACCACCACAAACAUGGAAACAAUUGGUGUACGAUCAACGAUUAAUUGAAUUUUUUUUUCAUGUUUACAAAACUAUAAAACAGCAACAACAUCUUAGGAUUGCAAAUGUGAAGCUGUGUUAUUCAUUACGCAGUCAAAUCUUACGUUCAUUAUCUCAACUGGCAUGUUUAAAUGGUCCGCUAAUGUCCGACGAACAAUGCCGUCUUCAAUAUUUGACAACAUUUUGUGCCCAUUUUGUCGAAACAUUUCCACCAUCCACAUCUACUUUUGAUAAUUUAUCAGAAUGUUUUGAUUUAGCUUCAAUAAUUUCCAAUUUAAUCACUCUUUUUUCUGUCAAAGGUUUUUGUUCAAUGUCAAAUGAUUUAUGUCAUGAAUUUUUAAGAUUAAUGGCACAUAUUACUAUUGUUCUAUGUCGUUGUACAACAUCUCAUCAACAAGUUAAUUAUGAUCCAGCUAUAUCAAAAGAAGCAUUCGAUCGUAUUCUACAAGCAUGGGCGAGACUAUUAUCCGGAAUUGAUUUUGGACGAUUUGAAAAUUUAAGAACGUUAGCUAUAGAAAUAUUUGAUUCUUAUUUGAACAGUCAUUUACAUUCAUCAUCAAAUAAUAUAGUAAAUGAACACGAACAAGAUGAAGAUGAAAACAAUGAAGAUGAUGACAGAGAGUUAUUUAGUGAACAAUUAAUUUCAAUUGGUUUAUUUGGUCGUCAUAUUAUAGAUCAUGCUCUACCCUUAUUAACACGUCUUCUUCUUGAUCGUACUCAAAAAUUAUGUACUACUAUGGAAAUGUUAACAACAACAUCAACGACAGUUAAUGUUCGUGAUUUAGAUAAAAUUAAUGAUGAUUUACAUUGGUUACUACUGAUAUGUGGUCAUGUUUUAACUGAAGAAUAUUUGGAUUCAGAUUCAGAAUGUGCCACAAUACCUGAAGCUAUAAUGAAUUUUAGUUAUUCUCAAGUUAAAUAUUGUAAUCUAGAAAAAUGUUGUCAAAUAUCACAGUUAGUAUUAAGCAAAUCUAUCGAUUUAUCAACGGAAGCUAUGCAAGAUGUGAAUCCCGUUACACAAUGUGUUGUUACUGUAUUAAAAUUAUCUGAAAUUGAACGUUAUUUAUCACGUAUUGGUCUAUUUGAUCAUGUCAGUGUUCAAGUAGCGAUUAGUUUAACUUGGUUUAUUAAACGUUUGGCAGCAAACUAUUUAGGAUUUAAUGCAGAUAAUUAUAAACAAGUUAGUCAAGCAUUAUCACUGACACUUGGGAAAGGAAGUGAAGUGUUAGAGUUUUUAACAAAAGAGUUUUUAUCAAAAGUAGUUUCAAAUCUACACAUGUGGACAUCAGAAAUUAAUGUUAUCAAAGAAACAGCUGAUUUAUUUGUGACAUUAUCCCUCAGGAAAGAUUCAUCUAAUAUUUUAAUUCGUUCUGAUCUAUUCUGGUCAUUAUGUGAUCAAGUUGUAUCAAAUGUCAUGCCACUUCAACUCAUAUCUGAAGAAAUUAAACGUCAGCUAUUAAAAGGAAUAACAACAGCAUGUCUUAAUUCAUCGAAUGAUGAAGAUAAAGUGCGUUUUGAUCGAUCUAUAUUGACUGUAUUACAACAACGUUUAAAUUCGAUAACAACAACAAUAAAAACGCUUCUUGAACAAAUGAAUUAUGAAUUUAAAGUUAAACAAAAUCAACAUGUACAACAAACAGUAUUACCUGAUGAUUCUAAAAGUGUAUUAUUAUCUCAUUGUUGUUCAGCUUUGGAAUCAUUUUUUAGUGAAACAAUGUUAAGUCAAGUAUCAUCCCUAUUAAAUUCUUACUGUGGUCUUAUUGAAGGUGGUUCACGUUCAUCACAAUCCUCUUAUUUAUUUGAACGUUCAUUAUCAACAUUAGAAGAUGUUUGUGAAUUAUUUGAUUUUUAUCAUUCAUAUAGUGAUAUUAUACAAAUUGUUCUAGAUUUAUUUAAUGUCUAUUCGGAAAAUAUUCUUGUAUAUCUAAAUUUAACUCAUUCCAAAAUUUUCUAUUCGUUUAUGUUAAAAAUUAUUCAACUAUUUUCCAAAUGUAAUCAUGGAAAAAAAUCAUCAGAAGUUAACUCAGAUGAAGAUUAUAAUCAACACAUUUACACGUUAUUAACAUGUUUAAAUCAUUUAUUAGCAAAAGAUUUCAUUGAUUUUUCAAAUGAUAAAUCAACAGUAGUAUAUCAAGAUGGAGAGUCGUCCACAUCUAGUCAUCAUAUUCAAACAGAUAAUGUUGGAGAUGUUGUUUUGUUUGGUCUAGUGACAUGUUUUCCAUUUAUUCAAAAUGAUCAUUUAUUAAAAAUCCCAUCAAUUAGUUUACGUUAUUAUAAAUUGAUAUCAACAUUGUGUGAACAACAUUCAGAUUCAAUAUUUCGUCUUUUAAAUUUAGACUUUUUUAUACCAUUUUUACAAACAAUUAAAACAGGUAUUGAUCAAUAUGGUAAUGAAAUAUGUAAAAUGUGUUUAGAAACAGUGCAUGGUUUAGCUUUAUAUGUUGCACAACAACAUCUUCAAGAUGAAAAAUCAGCUCAAUUACAAUUGUUCUUAGAUUAUUUAAUUGAUCAAGUACUACAAACAAAUUCUCCAACAUUGGAUUUAUUUGAAACAUAUGGUUCAGCAUUAUUUGCUUUACUAUGUGCUUAUCCACAAGAAUUUUUAAGAUUAUGUAUGAAUAUUAAAGAACAGUAUCAAAAUAAUGAACAACUAACGAGUAUUUUUGAUAAAUUUGUAAAUGGUAUUCCUAUUCAACAAUAUAAUAGAAAAACAAAAACAAAUUUUCUAGAAAAAUUUGAAGUAUUUAUUACUGAUAUUAGACGAGUAACAAAAAGAUGA